AUGCCGUCUUUCUUGUACUCGGAUACUGAAAUUGAAUCCGAUGGAGGAGGUCCUCGGUUCAAGACAAACAAUUCUGCUCAACACGCGAAAUGGGAAAAGGCGGAUAUAUUAGAGAUGACAGUAGAAUAUCUUCAUCAAAUGAGAUCAUCUCAAGCAUGUCUGUCAUCUCCAUCCACGUCUUCCAACCCAACUCCGCCCCAAAUUCCAACUCCUCCAGAAGAAAAACCAAUUCAGAUGACUCCACUUAUUCCAACUUUCAUGAAUCCUGUAAUGCAGCAGUACAUGGCAUUCCAACAAUUGGCUCAACUUUCAAUGUAUUCUCAGAUAAUGAAUAAUCCAAUUGGAUAUAGAGAGAAUGACUCUUCGUCCAAGGUUGAAUCAAUUAACUCAAAACAAGAAGAAAAGAGUAUUUGA